AUUUGAAUUAAAAUGGAAGGAAAUAACUUUGAGGCCAUAUGAAUUGUCCUCUUCUUUAACUUGCUGAUCUUCUCGAUUGCUUGCCUCGUGUCCAGGAUUAUCUGGAUCAACGGAGUUGGCCUUGAGAUUCCGAUUGACAAGAAGUUUUACGAUGUUGACUUCAAGAAGAAACGGGUGUUCUGCUCAACGAGCUCAUUCAAAGUAUUCUGGGAUUUCUAUAUCAAAAUCAUGACUGGAUUCAACACCGAGUACCUGACACUGAACUGAGGUAUCGAUGCAUACAUUUACAUGCUGUUUCAACGGAAAAUGAUGAAGCUGAUGCUGUUUUAUGCAGUGCUCUCUCUGCUGUUUGCCAUUCCCAUUAAUGUUGUUGCUUCGAAGAACGGUGAAGAGUGGUUCGAACGGAUGACGUUAAACAACAAAGAACUUGACACUCUAUCUUGAUGGGUCCAUUGCGUCCUGAUGAUCAUCUUCACAGUAGCUACAAUUUACACUUUCUAUGAACUCAAGCUUGAAGCCAGAAAUGUGUAUGCAGAAGUACAGCUCAAGAGGUCAAGGACCAAAGACUUUGAGUGGCUUAAAACCAGAACAGUACAUGUUCGAGGCCUUGCUCCUAACGACAGAAAAGGAGAAGCACUCAUUAAGAAACUUAACAAAGAGUUAGAGUUGAUCGGAGGUAAAGUCCUCACAAUCAUAAAUAUCCCUGACUUCAGCAAAAUACUUGAACUUGAGAAUAAAUAAGUUCGAUGUAGAAGAUUUGCUGAAAAUUCCUCCAUCGAAAGAACCUUUCUUAAAGAAGUGAAUGGUUGCCAAGAAAUACAGAACCAAGAAGUACUAUCAGAAGCAGAUAACAGACAUUGAAAAUGAAAUUGAUGAUGAGAUCUGUAAACCCAUUUUAAGUUCGGGCCACGCCUUCAUUUGCUUCGACACCAUCGAAAGUGCAAACCACUGCCUCAGGAAGUUCAAACUCGGAGUUUGCGAUGGAGCGAGUCUGUGGAUCCGGAACCUCAAAGACACUUUGGUGGCCUGUUGCAAGCGAGAACAUGUGCAGAAAUAAGUCGACAUUUAGCAGAUUUGAAGACGAUGAUGAAGGGUUCAUGGAGGAUAUUAUUGGAGAAGGAGACAACUACAUCAUUGAACAAGCUAAAGAACCAAUGGACAUUUUGUGGGAAAAUAUGAGUGGCACCAGAGGACUCUACUUCUGGAGGAGACUUGGUCUCCUUGCUGUUUGCAUCUUAGUCGUUCUGUUCUUGUCAACACCAGCUGUUGUCCUUGCAGCACUCAAAAGAAUGGAUGUGCUUAAAAUCCAUGAGUUCGACUUUGCUUCAUACAUUCCAUUCGGUGAGUAUGUGAUGACUUACUUGCCACCCCUGUUGAUUCUGUGUAUCAACCAGAUCAUCUUGUUGCUCUAAUUGACAUUGUGGCUGUCCUAGAGAAACACCAGUCUCAUUCUGAUUUCCAGACUGCAGUCUUCGUCAAGUCAGUAAUCUACCUGAACAUCAACAUGCUUUUGAUCCCAUCGCUGUCGUUCGGGAAGGCAGACUCUCUGUUUAAGCUCAUGCUCGACAAGAACUACAACCCCAAAGAGCUGCUUGGAGACAUUUACUACUCAGACUCAGGCUUCUUCUAUGUGGCUCUGAUCAUCCAGCAAGGGUGUUUGUCAUCAUCAUUCUAUGUGAUGCGGCUCAACGACUUGCUGACUUCGUACUUGUCUCCUUGGCUGGCAGACUACAAGCGCAAAUACAUGAGCGACUUCAUGCCAUGGAGAAGACCCGCCUACCAGACUUUUCAGUACGGAUACUUUUAUGCUCAGAUGAUGACCAUAUUCGCAAUCAUUUUGGUGUUCUCUUCGACAGUGCCAAUCAUUACGCUUAUGGGAGCCUUGUACUUGUUCUUGAAGCAUGGAGUCGACAGCUUCAACUUGCUCACAAUGCACAGGAAAGAACUUGAGUCCAAAAGUGAGAUGUUCGACUACAUAUUGCUCACAGGCCACUUAAUUUUGAUACUGUACCAGCUGUGCUUGCUGUUCUUUUUCUCGUCGAACGACAUGAACAUGGCCUCGUUUGUCGUGAUUCUGACCAUCAUCAUUUCAAUUGUUGUUUGGAAAAAGACCAACCAGCAAGUCUUUGACGAAGAACAAAUACCCAGCCUGGUCAUGGUAGAGAGAGCCAACCAGAGCUUAGAGCUGAGCGAGACUUCGGUCAGCAAAUGGAGAAGAGAGUACUCACACCCGUUGUUAUUGAUCAGUUCGUCUCACCCGGACCAUGCGUAUCAAGUAGAAGUGUUGCAAGACCGCCAAAUGAGGAGACUGUCUCGACUAACAUUUCAUGCUCACCCUGGCGAAUACUCAGAAGAUGAGAAGAGGAACUCGAUCGAUUUUCAAAACUCGUUUAAAAGAGCUACUCAGUUAAGAGGCCAUAUGUAGAUCAAUUAACAUAAUAAUUAUCAUUAAAUCUUCAGUC